UUAUUCCAAAAUGUUAAACUUGCACAGCAAUCCAAACUCUCUGCUCUAAAACCCUCCAUUCUUUUCUCUUAAGCCCUAAUCUAAAAUCUCAGUCUCUCUGUUUCUACAUUCACAACAAUGGGUAGCCAAGCUGCUGUUUCCUUCCUCACCAACAUAGCCCGUGCCGCUUUCACUCUCGGCCUCGGCGGCGCACUUGUCAAUUCCUCCCUUUACACCGUCGACGGCGGUCAACGCGCCGUUCUCUUCGACCGUUUCAAUGGUGUCCUUGAAAAAACCGUUGGUGAAGGCACUCAUUUCUUGAUCCCAUGGCUUCAGAAGCCCUUCAUAUUCGAUAUCCGUACCAGGCCUCACGUUUUCUCCUCAGUCUCCGGUACAAAGGAUCUACAAAUGGUUAAUCUCACGCUACGUAUUCUUUCUAGACCAGAAAUAUCACGCCUUCCCUACAUUUUCAAAAACCUAGGUACUGAAUAUGACGAAAAAGUCCUUCCUUCUAUUGGUAAUGAGGUGCUCAAAGCUGUUGUGGCUCAAUUUAACGCUGAUCAGCUCCUUACGGAUCGUCCACAGGUCUCUGCACUUGUACGGGAGAGUUUGAUUAAACGUGCCAAGGAUUUCAAUAUUGUGCUUGAUGAUGUGGCGAUCACACACUUAUCUUAUGGAGCUGAGUUUUCGAAAGCUGUGGAGCAGAAACAGGUAGCUCAGCAGGAGGCUGAGAGGUCGAAAUUUGUGGUGAUGAAAGCUGAGCAAGAGAGGAGAGCGGCAAUUAUUCGGGCUGAAGGAGAGAGCGAAUCUGCCAAGCUGAUUUCGGAUGCUACUGCAGCUGCUGGAAUGGGUUUGAUUGAGUUGAGGAGGAUUGAAGCUUCUAGAGAAGUUGCUGGGACUUUGGCUAAGACUCCUAAUGUUGCUUACUUGCCAAAGCAAGGGAAUAUGCUUCUUGGACUCAACCGUUGAGUAGGUGGUUUCUUUAAUGGUGAGGUAUUAUACUGCUGCUUUGGUGGCCUCUUCUUGCCAGUCUGUUUUUCUGGUUCAAUGAUGACACCUUGAUUCAUCCUGGACAAUGUUAUAGCGCGUAUGAAGAAAACCAGGAACACUGAGGAUGUUUUCUGUUUUGGUUCCCUUUACAAUACACGUUAUAGUGUCUUUCUUUAGACAAUCCAUUGUUUUCCUGAGCUUACCCUAUUUACUAACCUAGUUUAAAUAAUCGUCAUGCAAACAUUUUGAAGAGCCUAAUGCAAAUUAUUGCACGUGAAUCUCGAAUUUGUAUUUUCUUGUUGUUUAUGUAA